UGGCAGCCCUGGGCUGUAUUGCCCGAGCGGGACCAGUACGCAGGUGCUUGAGAGACCGCCCGGUUCCGGGUUCUGCUUGAGGGUCCGGUCUGCCGAGCCUGGUAUUUAGGCGAGCGCUUCCUACAACAGACCCUCGGCUUGCCUGAGCCGGUAGUCCCGAUACCACCUCUGAUGCACAUGAGAUACAUAGAAAGGUACACCCCUCAGGAGAUGAUCGAUUUCACGAUUGGAUGGGAUGCAGAUUUCUUCAGAGAUGAGGGAGACUACGCAGCCUUCAUUCAGACCUAUCUGAUGCGGCCUCUGGCCAGUACCCAGCGAGCUGAUAGAGAGAGAGCUGCAGCACCCGCGACAGGGGCGGGAGUGUCGAGGCCAACUCGGGCCCGCGACAGAGGCUUCAGAGGGGACGGAGAGCAGAGUGGCCAAAUCUGCCCACUAUGAUGACAUGUCGAGGGCAGACUGGAGAGACUUACCAAAUUCCUAUCGCUCCUCCCCCAGCUGACCACGAGUUUGUCGGCAUUCGAGGCUCGACUCCAGCUUCUAUCGAGUACACUGGACAGGCUCUGGAGCUGUCGGCUUAAGUGAUGGGGAUGCUGCAGAGGAGCAUGGACCUGCUGGGCAUUUAUGGCAUCCCGGCCUCAUUUCAGAUACCAGCCGCAACGGGUGCUCCAGCGGGACCAUCUGCACCUGCCCGAGGAGGAGAGAGAGCGGGGCGAGGGAUUUCAGUGCGCAGCCGUAGCAGGGCUGGGCGUACUCAGUCUGGGAGCAGCUCACGAAGGCCUGUCUCGGAUGAUGACGAGUCUGAUGAGGAGACAGUGAGCCCGCAGUCAGAGUCCUCUGAGGAUGGAGAUGAGACCGGCGGCAGCUCAGGUUCAGAUUCAGACGGCGUAGCUGACGGUGAUGAGCCUGGACCUUCGUCUAGGAAGAGGACGAGGAGUGACUCCCGCUCUUGAGGCGCCGGUGCCGAUUCAGAUGCUGCUCUUUUAUUCCCAUUUCUUUGUUUUUCUGUUUGCUUUAUUUUCCUUUAUACUAGGAGUUUUUGCACAUUGUACUGGGUUAGGCAGAUUUAUGUUCUUCAAAACUUUGUACUUUUGCAA